AUGACCUCUGUCGUUCAGACCGUAGACCCUGUCAUCCAAUUGAAGGGUGAUAAGAAGGCGCAGGAUAUCACUUACGGCUUCCUCAGGGACAAGAUCCCAGCCCAUUGCUUUGAACGCUCUGCCCUCACUUCAUUCGCGUAUCUGUUCCGUGAUAUCGUUUACGCCUCUAUCCUGGUAUACCUUGCCUUAAAGAUUGAUCUCCUGCCUACACCGGCCCUUCGUGCCGCUGCUUGGAUCGCGUAUGGCUUCGCUCAGGGCUGCGUUGGUACUGGAAUUUGGAUUAUCGGACACGAGUGUGGCCACGGUGCUUUCUCCAAAUACCCUGCUCUGAACGAUACCGUCGGUUGGGCCACCCACUCGCUCCUGAUGGUCCCCUUCCACUCAUGGAAGAUCACUCACGCCCGUCACCACCGCUACCACGGCCACAUCGACAAGGAUGUUGUCUUCGUUCCCUUCACCGAGUCACAAUUGGAGAACAAGCAACCCGGUCUGCUAGAUAAAAUUACUGAGUUGGUCGAGGAAACUCCUUUCUACAACGCUAUCACUCUGCUCGGCCACCAGAUCUUCGGGUGGCAACUAUACAUGCUGUUCAACGUCAGCGCCGGAUACAAGAGUUUGCCCAAGGAAGGUGGCGGCGAGAAACCCCUCCGCAACAGCCACUACGACCCCCUCGGCUCCCUCUUCACAAGUUCUCAAGCCCACCUCAUCGCUAUCUCAGACUUGGGUCUCCUCACCGUCGCCAGUACCCUCUACUACCUCUCCACCAAGAUCGGAACCUGGAACAUCGUGCUGCUCUAUGUCAUUCCCUACCUCUGGGUCCACCACUGGCUUGUGGCCAUCACCUACCUUCACCACACCCACCCUACAGUGCCCCACUACGACGAGAAUGCAUGGACAUUCGUAAAGGGUGCCCUCGCAACCGUUGACCGCCGCUUCGGCUUCAUCGGCCGCCACUUGUUCCACGAGAUCAUCGACUACCAUGUCGUACACCACCUCUUCCCCCGUAUUCCCUUCUACCACGCUGAGGAGGCCACAAAUGCCAUUGUGCCUUUCCUGGGUGAGAAGUACCACCUUGAGGAGGAGUUCUUCCUCAAGUCCCUCGUCAACACCUUCAACAACUGCACUGUUGUCCACAACCCUGAUGCUGAGGGUGCUUUGCACUGGAAGUUCAAGGAUGCUGGAAAGAAGGAGAACUAG